AUGGCAUUGGUUCAAUUUAUUAGUGCUAAAAAAGCAAUAAAUCUGACCUCAUCAUCUAGUAUUGCUUCUGUUGGUGUUGACUUCACAUUAUCCUGUAUAUCGAAUGUACUCAGUAUUGUUUUCAUUAGAGAUGGUAAUGUAGUAUGUACAAUAACAGGUGACAAUUCUGAUGGCACUUGUCGAUUUUUUGGCAGUAGCAACGAGAAUUAUCAAUAUCGCUGUAAUGAUAAGGUGGGUGUGUACAACCUGACAAUACCUAGUUCAUAUGACAUUGACACUUUACAUGGAAGUAACUGGCGGUGUAGCGUACCAUCAAUACCCACAAACUCACCAGUUGUUGAACUAUAUGUUUACGUGCCAAUUACACAAGUAUACAUUGCAACCAAGCCAACGAAUGAUAAUCUAGGCAUUGUAGUGAACAGGAGUAAAACCUUCACUUGUACAACAAAUGCAGGUAGACCAUCAUCAAUGAUACAAUGGUAUAAAUCUACAGACAACAUAACUGGUUUAGCUAUUCUUCAACCCGAUACUAGUUGUAAUAAUGGUAAAUGUAGAUCCUCAAGUGAACUGACAUACACUGGAUUCAAAUCAGACGACGGGAAAGUAAUAUACUGUACAGCUGUAAAUGGUAAAGGACAAACUGUCAGAUCUCAGAAUAAAUCCAUUGUCAUCUGGUAUGGGCCUAGCAAUGUUACCAUAUCCUCACAAACACUGAAAUACACAGUUAAUGAGUCAACAGGUAGUGUUGGACCAGUUACUUGUAAAGCCCAUGACUGCAAACCUGAAUGUGAAGUCAGAUGGAUUGGACCAAAAUACACUGGUGAUACCUCCAUGACCUCAUCUGUAUUAUACCUACGAAAUUUGUUCAGGAACCAGACAGGAAACUUUUUUUGCAGUGCAUCAAAUCAGGCCUGGAAUAAGACAUCUAUUUACAUUAGUGUUAUUGUCAAUUAUCGUCCAACCAAGGUCACCAUAACCCCAUCAAGUCAGGUUUACACUGUUCAAGAGACCACAGACAGCGUUGGACCAAUUAGUUGUACAGCCGAUUGUACACCUGAAUGUACAAUGACAUGGAAUGGACCUAAUAUUCCUGAUGGUACCACAUCUGUAUUAAAUUUACAGAACAUCGAUAGAAACCAAGCUGGAGACUACCGGUGUACGGCUACAAAUGUUAUUGGCAGUGAGAUGUCUUUUAUAGUGAAAAUAAAGGUUAUGUACGGACCAGAACAGGUUAACAUAGAACCAAACACACUGAUAUACAUGGUAAUAGAAACAACAGGAGAUAUUGGUCCUAUCACAUGCACAGCUGAAUGUAAUCCUAACUGUUCAAUGUCAUGGACAGGACCAAAUAUUCGUAGCGGAGCUUUAUCAGUACUUCAUCUACAGAACAUUGAUCGUAAUCAAGCAGGGAGUUAUAUGUGUACGGCGAUAAAUACCUACGGGAGUAAGACAUCUUCAACUGUCAGUGUUAUUGUUGAGUGUGAGUAUGAAAUAUUAUAUUGA